AUGAGGCUCCGAAGUAGGAGGCUCGCACACCGGUGGCACAGAUGGCUCCCUGCUGGUGGAGACAGAGCACACAGAGGCAGUGUCCACCGGCGACUAGCGACCGGGCUAAAGCUGACACCGACGAGCACACUGAUGCGACCGAGGGGCACGCCCAGGGGAGCAACCACGCUUGCCCACCCAGGGACUGACAACCGGUGCCUAGGGCAGUCGCGUGCCUGGUGGCCGACAUCCUUGCAGGUGAAGCACUUGGAUUGGAACGUGCAGUCGGCUCAUACGUGGUCGCCGGCAAGGCAGUUGAAGCACUUGGCGAUCAGGUACGAUGGCACCGGUCGACGUGGUGCCGCGGCACACCGCCAGCGCCUCCUGCUGUGCACCUGCCUGAAGCCAUCUUCGUCCGGCAGGACCGACAUGCGCGCUGGGUGCACGACGAUAGAUGCUAGCCGGCGAGGGCGGAACGACGCGAGCAGGAGCCAUCAACCCCCAUGCUUGCUGCCCGCAAGAAGGACAUGGCGCAAUAGAUUAGGUCCUGGGGAGCGUGGAUCUGGGUUUGACAGGAUGGGAUCCAGGCUGGGUUGGCAGAUCAGCGAGGAAGGAGGCGUGGUUGCGCCGGCAUCGCCGGGUGGAGGGGGCGGGUCUGGUGGGUGGGAGGGAGCCAUCCCUCCCCCAACUUGCGACAUAGGAGCGAGACUGAUUAGGAGUUCAAGGAGCAAAUCAAUUCGUAUCGAAUAUAACCAAGCUUACAUGGCUAUGGUGCCAAGUGAUUCGUCACAUCAUGGAGUUGUGGACAAUAGCCCCAAUGGAUGUACCCAGGCUAGGCGUGAUGAAGCUAGGAAACUUGGUCCAUCGUGGUAUUUCAGUAGAAAGGAAUUAGAGGAAAACUCUCCAUCCAGGAGGGAUGGUAUUGAUUUUAAGAAAGAGUCUAACCUUCGAAAGUUGUAUUGCAAGUUUCUACAAGAAUUGGGCAUAGCGCUUAAAAUGCCUCAAGUGACGAUUGCCACAGCAAUGGUAUUCUGUCAUCGUUUUUACCUUCGUCAAUCCCUUGCAAAAAAUGAUAGACGAAUAAUUGCCACAGUUUGUUUAUUCUUGGCUGGAAAAGUUGAAGAAACACCUAAACCUUUGAGGGAUGUCAUCUUGGUUUCUUAUGGGAUGAUUCAUAAGAAUGAUCCUAAGGCUAGUCAGAGAAUCAAGCAGCAGAAGGAAAUAUAUGAUAAACAAAAAGAACUUAUUUUACUUGGGGAGCGAGUUGUACUUGUAACACUUGGGUUUGACCUUAAUAUUCACCAUGCCUAUAGGCCCUUGGUUGAAGCAAUAAGGAGAUUCAAUAUUGAUAAUAAAAGUCCACUUGCUCAGGUUGCCUGGAAUUUUGUAAAUGAUGGGCUGCGUACUUCGCUUUGCCUGCAGUUCCAGCCUCAUCAUAUUGCAGCUGGUGCUAUCUGUUUGGCUGCUAAAUUUCUCAAAGUGAAGCUCCCAUCUGAUGGUGAUAAGCAUUGGUGGCAGGAUUUUGAUGUCACGUGUCGACAGCUUGAAGAGAUUAGCAGUCAAUUGUUGGAAAUGUAUGAGCAAAACCGUACAACGCAGGCACAAUCAUCACAGGGAAGUGAAGCCGAAGGGAGCUCCGCUGGUGUGUGUAAUCAACGUUCAUCUGUAAAGUCUGAAGCAAAUUCCAAGGAACCAUCUGCUCAUGGUUAUCUUCAGGCAUCCAGAUCGCAAAAUUUGCAGCAUUCAUCCUCAACAAGCGCUUCAGGUCACCAUGACGAUGGGCACCCAAAUUCAGACAAGCAUAUUUCUGGCCACAAAAUGCUGCAAAAUGACAAUGCCAACCAUGGUGGCAGCAAAGAAAAGAACAAAAGUGGAAUCAAAACUGAUACUGGUAUGGACAGAUUGCACCGUGACAAAAAGUUCUCACCUGGACAUCGUUAUCCAGUGGAAGAACAUCAACCACAUCGAUCGGAUGAUAAUUCCAUUGAAACAAGAGAUGGUGUUGGUGGCAUUGAAGCUCCUGUUGUGUCAACCUCCAGAAUGGAUGCAAUGAAUAAAAUUGACAAGGAUAAGGUAAAAGCAGCUCUGGAGAAGCGAAGAAAAUCGAAAGGUGGUUUUGCCACAAAGGUAAAUUUGAUUGAUGAUGAUGAUCUACUUGAGAGAGAGCUAGAACAAGGUGUUGAAUUGGCUGUUGAGGUUGAGAAGAUUAAACAGGAUAAGAAGCAGAACUUGUCCGAUGGUAGCAAGCAUCCACCAGACCUUCAAAACACUGACCAAGUAAUGGAGAAUGGUCACCAUGUCAAGCAGAGUCUACCAACAACAGCUGAAGACAUGGGCUGUCUGAUGGACAGUAAAGAACAAUGUCCUUCACCAUUUGAUAAGCAAAAUGAUGUUCCUGAGCACAAGUCACAGCAGCUUGAUGACACAUUGAAGCACCAAAAGGGCUAUGACCAUCCUCAGCUUGUAGGAAGCCCUGAGCAGGAUGGACAAGACUAUAAGAGACCUAAGCUCGACGGGUAG